GUAGCCCACGUGAGCGGAAGUGUGUGACCUCAUCAAAACACUGACUCUGGCAGGGGGAGGCAGCCCUUCCUUCUGUGGAUGUGACACGCUUACAAAUACCCGAAUCAGAGCAGCGGGGAAUCAUGGUAUUGCCGUAACUGUUUUCUCGGAGCGGGUCUUCAUUUUACUUGUCUCAGCUGAGUUCGUGUCGUUUCCUUUUGGACUCCUCGACAGCACCAUGGUCGAGCAGUCGGAUCGGGCUCGGCUGCUUGACUGGGAGGAGAUCCCACCACCCGUACCAAGCCAGGCGGUUCCUUCGUCACCCGUGAAGAAAAAUGCAACGGAGAAAACUUCCCCGCCAGACGGUCGCACACAGGGUAGCAGUGCGCCUCGCACAGGGUGGGGCACCGCUAGCACAAGGGGUCCAAAUGUAACAGCUGUGGUCUCCAGCGGGGAUGGCAGGCCACCCCGGCUCCGAGUGGAUCACUCUGUCCCCGGGUGGGAUAUAGCAAAGUCCCUGGGUGCUGAUCAUAUCGGCCUCUCGGUGAAGGAGCAGUGGGAGGAAAAGGAUCAAAUCGUGGCUGUAUUCGUCGUUACCUUCGACACCAGAUCAGGCAACAUGGUAGAAUGGUCCUUGCCCCAGGAUAUGGAUCUUGACGGAGUGGAAUUCAAAUCGAUUGCCAGUGGCUCUCACCGGAUCACCAGUGACUUCAUAUAUUUCCGUAAAGGUUGUUACUUCGGACUGGCCUGCUUUGCCAACAUACCUGUGGAGAGUGAGCUGGAGCGUGGUGCUCGGAUGAAGUCUGUGGGUAUUCUGUCUCCGUCCUACACCCUCCUGUACCGCUACAUGCAAUUCCUGGAGAACCAAGUAAGACUCCAGCUCCGGUGUCCCGGCCAGUACUCCCCCCUGGAGGCCUUCUAUGAGGACAAAAAGGCCAUCCUUCCUCCGCUGGCCAACGGACAGGUCACUUCCUGCCCGACCUGGAGCGUGACCAAUAUCAGUCGCUGUAUGCACCCGGAAAUGAAGAUCACCCACCCAGCGGGCUGCAUGUCCCAGUUCAUCCGCUUCUUCGGGGAGCAGAUCAUGGUCCUGUGGAAGUUUGCCCUGCUGAGAAAACGCAUCCUCAUCUUCUCCCCUCCCCCCGUGGGCGUGGUCUGCUACAGAGUGUACUGCUGUUGCUGUCUGUCCAACGUCUCUCUGCUGGGGGUUGGCGCGGCGGUGCCUGAGCUCAGGCCGUUUUUCUACGUCAACAUCGCUGACAUCACGGCCCUGAGGACGGAGCUGUCCUACGUGGCUUGCACCACAGAGAAGAUCUUUGAAGAGAAGAAGGAGCUGUAUGAUGUCUACGUCGACAACCAGAACGUGAAGACCCACCGGAGCGACCUGCAACCGCUGCUCCGCUUGAACGCAUCGGACAAAGAGAAGUACGCCAAGCUGAGUGAACAGAGGCAGAUGCUGCUGUACUCCCAGGAGGUGGAGGGGGACUGCUCCUCCAACGAGGAGGACCUCUUCAUAUUGUUCUUCAUGGAGCUCAACGACCGGAUCUUCCAGAUCUUGGGGGAGGUGGCGGCGAGCUCGGAGCCCAUCCUGACCGCCGAGCAUGUGAGGGCCAUGGGGCUGGACCCCCAGGGCGACCGCUCCUUCCUGGUGGAUCUGCUGGAGGUGUACGGCAUCGACGUCAUGCUGGUCAUAGACAACCCCUGCUGUCCCUGAGCCCUUCCUGAUGGGCAGGCGCCAGGUCACCUGGAUGGGGUGUGGGGGGGCCCCUGUGUGCGUGUGUGUGUGUGUGUGUGUGUGUUUGUGGUUUGGGGUGGCCACUGGAUAUAUAAUGCCUUCAAGGCCCCAGAAGAUCCUCGGUCACAUAAGACACUGCCUCAACCCUGGAGUGGGCGUCGCUUCCCAUCUCAUUAGGUCCUUAGUUCUCUUUCUCUCUCUGUAUUUACAUUUGUUCGUUUUCUGAGCAUCCCAAGUCUGUUGUUAAUACUGGGGGAGAUCUA